AUGAGUGCAACCAGUGCAAGACCUUCUGCCUCUGUUACAAACACCAUCACUGUAGAAAAUGCAGGGAGCAGUCAAUCUCAAACUCUGGUCCUGCGGCUGAACCGGAGGAAGAAGAAGGUAACAUGGAAAGAGGGAACUGUAGACAAUGAAUUCAUGCAAAAGAAGAGCUCCAAGAAGUGCUGCAUUUUCCACAAAGAGAAGCCAUUUGAUGAAGAUACCAGCGAUGAAGAGGAUCAUCAUCAUCAUCAUCAUCAUAGUCAUGAUCAUGACCAUAAUCCAAAGGAUGCCAGUGGAAGCUCAACCACUGGUUGA